AUGCCUUACGUCGGCGUCGGAGCGCAACAAGGUGGGGCUGUUCCUUCUGUUUUUAUACCUCUGAGUGAUAUUGACAGUUAAGAGGAUUUUUGACACAACACCUGACCCUUGUCUCAGCCUCUUUUUGCAAGGGCAACCGGCCUUUGAGUUUUCAGAUAGCCACAAAGCCCUGCUCAAUCCGUCGAUGAUGAAGGCGUACGCGGUGCUCGGCGUCUCGUUGUUGCUCAUAUUAGCCGUGGCUGCAAUGGGUAAACACCACUCGGAGCGCAUAUUCAAUCACCACAAGGCUCCGACCCUCGAAGGUUUGCGGUAUCAUAAGAUGUAAAAUGACAAUUACGUCGCAGACGUUCACAAGUCAACAACCGACUCUUUACUGCAAAACAUCGACGUCGAACGCAUCAAGCAGUAUUUGAGGCGGUUUACAAAAGAACCUCAUGUAGCGGGAACCGAAGCCAACAAAAAAGUGGCCUAUGCCAUUGCUUCAGCUUGGUCUGAAGCUGGACUUGAUGGUAUGUUUCCAAUUCAAUUGAAUAUAGAAUAAUCCUUUUAUGCAAAAAGAAGUAUUCAUACCUUUCGAACGAAAAUAAAUGAAAUGGAGUGGUUUCAAGUUUUCAAAAACAUCGAAACAAAAAAAUGUGGUAUUUAGGUCGCUUUUUGGAGUUUCCUAGUCUGGUUAGGUCUGAAAACUUCCAACAUUCUCUGUAGGUGGACAAAUAUCAAAAUUUUUUCCGUUUUUAUUCAUAACUUUUAACCUCGUUUUGCGCAUUAUUUCGAUAACCCUGACUUUUUACAGGUGUUGGUUGAAGGAUAUUAAGCUUUUAAACUAGAAAAAUUUAGAUUAUUUUUUUAGUUUUAAAAACGAAUCUAAAAAGUUUUUCUGUUUUGCUUUCCUGCAGGAGUUUCUGUGAAAACCGAAAAUACUUUUUUUCAAAAACUUUUAUUUUUUUCAUUUUUUUGAGAUCUUCAAUGACGUUAAGAAGUUAGCGAUGUUAUAUUGAAAAUCUCUGAAAUUUUUUUACUGAAAUUGUUAAUUUUUUUCAAGAUGUUCACACGAUACCUUACGAAGUGCUUCUUUCUUAUCCGAAGUUCGACAUCCCGAACCGAGUGAUUAUCAAAAGUUCCAAUGGAAAAGAGAUUUUUCGAAGCAGCGGCGUUUCGCCAGUUAUCAUUGCUGAAGAGCAGUCAGGAAAAUGUGAGAAAAGUUCAUUUUCAGAAUUUGACCCAAUUAGUUUUCAGACGCCGGCCAUCAAUGGCUUGCUUGGUCAGCCAAUGGCUCUGUUAGUGGAGAAGUGGUUUACUGCAAUCGCGGAUCGGACAAUGAUUUCAAAAACCUUGCGCACUUGGGGGCAUCUGUCGAAGUAACUAAACUACUGACUUUUGCUCAAUUUCCUUCUUUUAGGGAAAAAUUGCUCUGAUGAGAUAUGGAGAAGGAUUUCGCGGCGACAAAGUGCACCGAGCUCAAAAGAACGGAGCGAUUGGAGCAAUCCUUUUCUCGGACCCUUCAGAUGUUGCUGCUGACGGAACCGAUGAAAGUGAGUUAUUCCGGAUCGACAACAACUUUUUUCUUCUCUUGCAGCUCAAAUUUAUCCAAACACGAUCUGGAUGCCUCAUGAAGGAGUUCAAAGAGGUUCUUGCAUGCAUGGAGACGGAGAUCCUCUCACUCCAUACCAUCCUUCUAAAAAAGAUCUUUUCAAAUCAAAAACUAUUGAAGAGGCAAAUUUUCUCUCCUUUUUCUUAAAAAUCAAUUUUUCAGGCAAAAGAAGAAGGUGUAAUACCUUCUAUACCUGUUCUUCCGAUUUCUUAUAGCACUGCUUAUGAAAUUAUGUCUAGAAUGAAAGGAAGAAUAGCCCCUUCUUCCUGGCAAGGUAAGAGUUGGGAGAUCAGAAAUUUCAGAGCAGAACACUUAGGCAAAGUUGGAGAAAACUUGACCUACAAAUUGGGACCUGGAUUCAGUAAAGACGAGAGCCUCACAAUAAACGUUUACAGCGAGCUGACAACUCGGUGUGAUCUAAAAUCAUAAGAGAAAUAAAUUUUCGAGUGAUUAAGGCGAAUUCGUAACAUUAUCGGAUACAUCAGAGGAUCGCAAGAACCAGACCGAUACGUCAUGUUGGGAAACCAUUUCGACGCUUGGGUCUACGGAUCAAUGGACCCUAAUUCCGGUACUGCUAUUUUGGCAGAAGUAGCUCGGGCUAUGAUGCAGACAAUCAACGAAACUAGCUGGCGGCCAGGUAAAACAUUUCUUUUGAUUUUCAAAGUUUCUCUUCAAACCUUUUUCAAACUGAAUUUUAGCAAGAACAAUUGUUUUUAACGCAUGGGAUGCCGAAGAGUACGGCCUGAUCGGUUCUACGGAGUUUGUCGAAGAGUUCGUGGACAUUCUGCAAAAGAGAGCUGUUGUUUACAUCAACAUGGACACUCUCGUUGCCAACACCAGCAUGUGCUCAAAGAACUGGAUUUUCAAUUCAAAAAAACUUUUUCAGAAGUGUUGAUACUGUCCCUACAUUGCACAACAUUGUCAUGGAGGUGGCGAAAAAAAUUCCAAAUCCGGUGGCUAGUGAACGCAAAAAAGGACGAGAAACAGUUUUUGACACGUGGAUGGCUACAUUUCCUCUGAAAGACGGCACUGCUCCUGAAAUCGGAAUCCCCAACGGAGGAUCUGAUCAAGCUCCUUUCCUUAAUUUUGCGGGUUCGCUUUUUUUUCAUUGCCUGUCAUACUAAUUUAAAAAAAUUAUUAUCGAAAAUUGAAUUCUAAAAUUAUUUGCAAAAAAAAACUUCAUCAAGAAAUUAUAACUCAAUAAGUAAUAGUUAACAUAUUAAUUUGAAAUUCACAGGUAUUCCUGUUGUCAAUUUCGAGUUCAAAAAUGCAACGACUCGGGAUACGUAUCCACUAUAUCAUACGAUGUACGAAACUCCAUUCACAAACGAGCAUCUGAUUGAUACAGACAACAUGAAGGUUGUUCUGAAAACUUUUAGAAAACUCCAACUUUUUCAAGAUUCACCAAGCAACAGGGCAAUUUUGGGCUGAACUUGCCCGGUUCGUCCAGAUUUUUUUCUUAAACACCGACAAUUUUUACUUAGAUCAUUUGCCGAUGCUCCAGUGCUUCCAAUAAACACUACAAAACUCGGACACGUUAUAAUCUCUGAAUAUCUACCAAUUUUGAAAAAUGUCCUCAGCAAGUUGUCCUUAUCGAAAGAAGACGCAGAGAUGAUCAAAACCCAGUACAAGUUUUUGUUGAAAAACUGUCAGGUGAGUGAACAGGAAAAAGAAGAAAGCGGUGCUACGACAAGAGCGAGUUUUCCAUUUGCGAGCAGUACUGUAUGCGGCAAAGCGCAUUGCGUGCAUGCACUCUGCGUGUUUACACUUUUGUGGCGUGACGUCAUCGCGCCGUACAUCUGCGGGUUUUUUGCUUGCGGGUUUUUUUCGGAUUUUUUUGAAUUUUUUUUCCGGCUUAUUUAUUUUUUUCGAAACAAAAAGAAAAACUUUUUAAUUGAUGAAAACUCUGUUUGUCAAAGGGGGCAGCUUAGGAAAAUGUUUCUUUAUAGAUAGCUAUUAGGUCAACUCCACAAAUAUGGAAAAAGAAGUAAGCUAAUAUUGAUAUUUCAAAGAGGAAAAUAUCAAAAAAAUUGCAUCAUAACAAAUACCAGUAAUUGAAAUAAGUUAUAUCAAAAAAAAUAAGAAAAAUAAGAAAAAUAACAAAUUUUACAGAACCAUCAUAUCAAACAAAAGUCAUUUUUCCCAGAAAAUCUUCAAGAUAUUUUUGAAUGUAAAUUGAGAGAUUUGAAGGGACUUGUCAGAAAUUUUUACGAAAAUUGGUUUCUUGUACAAUGCCGGUGUUGAGGGUGGAGGAGCAGGGACAUCUUUUUUUCGCCAAAACUUCCUUUGUGAUUUCUUGUUGCUUUAAAAUUGAGUCGAAAAACAAUGGCGUUAACAUAAUCGUCACUUUCCAUCCUGAAUUUCAUUCAUAGCACCACUUUUUUUCAUUUCAAAAUCUGAACGAGAGAAAAAAAUAUGAGAAGAAGAAGAACACGAAGAUUUUUUUGAGGACAAAAAAAGGAGCCUUCUUAUAAGGUAAAAAGAAGUUUUUCUUUUUGUUUCGAAAAUAUUCGCACAAUCAAAACCAAAAAAAAAAUCCAAAAAAAUUCCGAAAAAAACAUUGAAAAAAACCCGCAAGCAAAAAAACCCGCAGAUGUACGGCGCGAUGACGUCACGCCACAAAAAGUGUAAACACGCAGAGUGCAUGCACGCAAUGCGCUUUGCCGCAUACAGUACUGCUCGCAAAUGGAAAACUCGCUCUUGUCGUAGCACCAAGAAAGCACUUUGAAAACUGCAGGAAAUGCUUCACAUGUCAGAGAAAUUCGAAGAAACGAUCGCCUUCACGCAGCACAGCUUCUCUAAAAAUCCCUACGAUAUGACGCAUAUCGCGGCAAUCAACGAGAGACUAAUGAGGUCACCAAUUUCAAACCUAUGGCUAUUAACCUAGCUAAAAGAUUUACAGUAGCGAAAGAUGUUUUGUAAAUCCAAGAGGAACUUUGGGCCGAAAUCCUUCAGCCAGACACGUUUUGUUCUCAGUCAGCGAAUCGGAUAGUUAUUCUGGUUCAUUAAUGGCUGGCAUUGGGAAUGCGGUAAAACUUUCAUGAUUUUUUUUGGUUCAAAAAAAAUUUUCUAGGUUGAUGCUUACAAAAACGUCCCGAACAAAAAAAACGCUCGAGAAGUGGCAAACCAAAUUUCUGUUGUCCAAUACUCUGUAAAAUGCGUGUUAAAUACUUUGCGGGAAGUCAUUUGA